AUGCCUUAUUCUGCCGUGUAUCGUGCCGCAACAGAUUAUACUGCCAAAUUCAACGAUGAGCUUAGUCUUCAGAAAGAUGAUUUACUUUACUUGCUCGAUCAAACCCAUACUUCCAACUGGGAAAUGAAAAAACGGACCUUAGGAACCAAAGUGGUCGAGCCAAUCGGGCUUGUGCCCGUCGAUUGCAUUGUUGCUGCCGAAUCUUUGGGGACCGCUAUUGGGCUAUACGAUUACAAAUCCAGAAACGCUGAAGAAAUGUCAUUUGCCAAAGAGGAUGAGAUGGAAGUUUAUGAUAUGGAGGAUGAGAAUUGGAUGCUAGUGAAGAACAAUAAUUUCUUUGGGUUCGCUCCCCGGAAUUAUGUGGAAUACGAACCAAAACCAGUUGUGAAAACCGGUGGGUUGAGAAGAAUCUUGAAGAAAAGAACCAAGAGCUCAAAUUCUCCAAAGAAGGCUAAGAAGAUUGUUACUGAAGAUGGACCAAAGAAAGUGUCUACUAAAAAGGAGAAAUCCCAAGAAAAGGAAUCUAAAAGGGAGAAAAAGAUAAAGAAGGACAAAAAAGUUAAUUUCCAAAUUGUUUCAAAAGAUACCCAAGAUAUGAAAAUGAAUGAGGAAAUCGAAAACUCUAAGGCCAAUGAGCCAAUCGAAGAAAAAGAGGAGGAAAAUAAUGAUGAAACAGAAGAAGAAACAAAAGUGGAUGAUGAACAAGAAGAAGAAAAAAAAGAAGAAAAAGAAGAAGAAAAAGAAGAAGAAAAAGAAAAUUCCAAGAACACUGCCAAGUGGAAAGUGUUUGAAAUUGAUGGCCGUAAGAAAAAAACCACAAAUUUGAUCAUAUCUAAUGGUGAAAUUACUAUUGAUUUUGUCGAUCAUCCCGAGCAAUCUAAAUCUUGGCCAGCUAAGAAAUUGGCAGCGUUCUCUUCUGAAAAGAAGCACGUUUUCAUCGAUUUCAAUGAUCCAGUCGCCGCAUUUGAAUUGCGUACUGAUACUAAAGAAGCCGCGGAUGAUAUUCUUCAAUUGCUCGGGGAAAUAUACGGUGCCAUUCAAGACACCAUUCUUGAUGAAGUUAAAGCUGCUAGUAAAACCACUGGAGCCACAUUCAAGACCGCUCAAGUCAUUUAUGAUUUUGAUGCAGAAACUUCUGAAGAACUUGCUUGUACCGAAGGUGAAAUAGUUUAUGUUGUCGAUGACAGAAAAUCCGAUGAUUGGUGGUUAUGUGAAACCAUUUCUAAUGGGGCUCGUGGGGUGGUGGCUGCCAGUUAUUUGCGAGUCGUUGGUGGGUACGGUGAAGAAACUAGAAAAAUCUAUGAAAAGGUCAAGAAGAACUAUGGUCCUGAUCCAAAAAAAGUUCGCUGUUGGAAUGAUUUGACCGGGGAUCAUAAAGUUGAGGCGCAAUUUUUGGGAUUGGUCGAUGGCAAGGCUCAAUUGCACAAGCAAACUGGGGUGAAGAUCGCAAUUAGUCUUCGGAAAUUGAGUACCAAAGAUAUUGCCUAUAUUGAGCAAAUCACCGGGGAAGAUUUGGAAAAAUAUAAAAAGAAUUCUAAACUUUCCAAGAAAAGAAAAGAAAAGAAGAAAUCCGCCACUAAAAAAGUUUCCAAUUUCAAAAGAGUGGUGGCGGAGACCGAAUCUGAUGAUGAAGGAGAUUUCUGGUUCAACUUAUUCAGAGAUGCCGGUAUCGAUGCUACUCAAAGUUCACGGUACACUGAUAUUUUCAACAAGGAAAAAAUGAAUAAAAAUAUGGUAAAAACCAUUGAUUCUGAGGCCUUGAGGGAGUUGAAGAUGAAGGAAGGAGAUAUUAUAAGAAUUGUGAAGUUCUUGAAUAAGAGGAAGCUUGGAAAAGGAAACAAAAACAAUGUUGAUAUCAUCAAAAAGACCACCACAAAAGAAUCAGCACCACCACCAGUUCCAGAGAAACCGCAUGUUGAAGAUCCCAAAAAGGUUUCUAUGGCCAAGGAAAUGAUUGAAGUGACGACCACCGCCAUACCAGAAAAGAAGGAAAUUCAACCAAUAUCGAUCAACAAGAAUUCAUUUGCUAAACCUCAACCAAUUUCGAUAUCGCAGUCUGAAUCAUCAAGCCCAUACAAAUCUUCUUAUGAAAGUGAAUACGAACUGGGUAUGGAAAGUUCUUCUGAGAAUACCUAUUGCUAUCGAACUCUUGACCCAUUCAAAAGCGACACUCACAAUAUCAUUUUACCAGAAUACUCCAUUCCAAAAACCCAAAAUCCUGUUUCCAACAGAGAGCCAAUUUCCACUAACAAAUCUGCUCCUAGCUCAUCGCCUUCUAAAGAUACAGUUGUACAAAAGUCUGGUGCCACUAUAGGGUUGAAGAUUUCCAAGAUUGUUCGAUCAGAAAAAGAACCCAAGCUCAAUGCUCCAUUUAUUCCACAAACCGGUUUUAGUUCAGACAGAGGUUCGGUUGCUCAAGCAUUAGUGCACACUCCACCAUUGAUGGAACGAAAGGAGCAUCACUUGACUUCCAGGAUUCAAAAGGUCUUUUAG